AUGAGUUUCGGAAGACCACCCAACGUUGAGUCAUUUUCAGGGGCACCUCCACUUCUUGGAAGUUUCCCGGUAGACCAUGACGGCGAAUGUAAAGACUUUAUGAAGAACUACGUCAAGUGCAUGAGAGUCAACAAGAACAACAAUGGUGCCUGUCGAGAAUUUUCAAAGGCAUAUCUUCAAUGUCGUAUGGACAAGGGGCUGAUGGACAAAGAUAACAUGGACAACCUUGGAUUUGCUGACAUGAGCACAAAG